AUGUCCCAGAUGUUUCCCAAACUGCCCACGGGCAGAUUCACAAGGCAGUUUGCCAGAUUGAACAACAUUGCAAACUUUCCAAAUAGUGCUGUUAGGGUCCCUGCUACCGUAAACAGAUUGGAGUUAGUUCUGAAACAAAAUGUCCAACAAGGUCACAUGGGACUCCACCAGUUCAAGAAAUGGAACCUUCCGACGAUCCAAUUUCACAAUCCGGAACUGUGCAUUGUCGUCAAGAGAGUCAAGGUCGAGUCCAAGGAUGAAGCACUCAAAGUUCCCGCUAGUUUGGUGAUAAAUUACACUGAUGGAACUUCGAAGACGUUCGACUGCAAGAACAAACGCAGCGAAGAUAUUAUGACACAGUUUAUUGACCUUACUGGUGCUGAAAAGGUUCCAGAUUCGGAGAUCCCUGUAUGGGGCAGGAAAUAA